AUGUUUGCCCCACUCUUCCUCGGGUUUGACUUGUCUACACAGGCUCUCAAGGCCUCUGCCAUCUCUGUGGGCUCCGACCAAGUCCUCGUCUCUGCUACUGUCAGCUUCGACAAGGAUUUGCCCCAUCACAAUACCUCUAAUGGGUCUAUCGUUAGCCUUGCUGGAGAUGGUGAAAUUACCACGCCCGUCGCAUUGUUCCUUGAUGCCAUUGACCUGGUGAUGCAACGUCUGAAAGACGCUGGACUCGAGUUCGGGCGAGUCCUCGCUGUUGGGGGCGCUGCCCAGCAACAUGGUUCUGUGUACUGGUCCCCCUCGGCCACGUCGCUCCUUGCGAACCUCGACCCCAGCAAGUCUCUCACCGCACAACUCGCUGCGGACGCAUUCUCGCUUCCCAAUGCCCCCAUUUGGCAAGAUUUCAGCACUGCCAGAGAAUGUCGCAUCAUCGAAGCUGCCGUUGGAGGCCCUCAGGCACUAUCAGAUUUAACUGGAAGCAGGGCUUACGAGCGCUUUACCGGAUCUCAGAUCCUCAAGGUUGCUUCUCGGACACCUGAUGUCUAUGCACGCACAGCCCACAUCUCGCUCAUCUCUUCUUUCUUGACAUCCUUGUUCCUUGGCAAAGUCGCUCCUGUCGAAAUUGCUGACGCUAGCGGGAUGAACCUUAUGAACGUUCACACAUGCAAAUACGACGAACAGUUGCUUGAUAUCUGUUCGGGUGGAACCGGAAAUGGCCCGGAGUUGAGGGAAAAAUUGGGCGGAGAGCCAGUAAUGGGGGGCACGAAUAUGGGCAGAGUCUCCGGAUGGUGGAUCGAGCGGUUCGGAUUCAAUUCUGAUUGCCUUGUGACGCCUUUCACGGGCGACAACCCCUCGUCCAUCGUGAUGCUUUCGUCUCCGGGAGACGCAAUCCUCUCCUUCGGGACUUCCACGACUCUCCUAGUCUCUAUUCCUCCCUCCAACGAACCUCCAAGUUGCACAACCACCUCUCAUAUUCUGUCUCACCCUACUACAGCCGGCGGUUCUAUCGCCAUGCUCUGCUACAAAAAUGGCGGCCUAACGCGCGAAGCAGUCCGGGACGAACACGCCUCAAGGUCCUGGGACGAAUUCAAUACUCUGCUGACUUCUACACCACCGGGUAACAGUUCCAAAUUUGGCUUCUAUUUUACCCUUCGCGAAAUCAUUCCCGACGGCGUAUACGGAGAAUUCUUCUUCGAUCAUACGAAGACUAUCCAAUCUCAAGACCUUACUCAAGCCGAACACACUCGGGCAGUAGUCGAAUCUCAAUUGAUGAGCAUCAAGACUCGCUUGCAAGCCAUCUUGCAUGGAAACGGCGGUGUUAAGCGGUGUAUCGUGACGGGAGGAAGCUCCACCAACACCGCCAUGCAGCAAGUUUGCGCAGACGUCUUGGGCUUGCCUGUCUACGUUGCCGAGGCUUCGGGAUCCGCCACCGUAGGAGGUGCGCUACUCGCCCGAUGGGGUUGGUACCGCGCAACGGGAUCGACCAAGGGCUUGGACCAUGCGCAAGACUGGCAGGGAAGGCGCGAAGAGAUUCCGCUGGAAGCGACCCGCGAAGGUGGAGGUGUGCGCGUCAAGCUCGUCGCCGAACCUCAUCCUGAAGCUGUUGAGGUGUAUAAUCUCCUUGUCCAUGCUUACCAACAAAACGAAGAGGAGGUUGUGCGAGUUUGUAGGGCUCGCGAUCUGGCUGCGACCAGCAAGCUUGUUUCGAUUGCCACUAAGCCUGCGAUAGGACUGUGGCGCUCGAUCUUAGGUGUUUUCGGAUUGCUACUUGAUUGA